GUCAGUGCUGGGGUUCAGCAGCGUGCAGAGUGAGCCCGGCCCGGUUCUGGCAUCUUUAUUAAAUCCUCAGACAUAAUAAAAAAAAAAACCACUGGAUUUUUACCUAGUUGUUGGUUCAUAAUAAUAACUCUCAGAUAGUGACGGCCGCUGUGCGAUCUGUAUUUCCAGCAGACGCGCAGUGGGAGCUGCCCCUGCGCUCCGUGUCAGCGGGGGCUGUGCCGGGCGCCUUCGCAGCCUCUCCAAUUCCCAGCCUAAACCUCCCAGUCCUUCGUUCCCACCGCUCGGGUCACGCUGGAAGCUCCCGAGGCGCUGCCUUUCCCACCCCUUAGUGCGGACCGCCUCGCGGGGCAGCGCCGGGCACGCAGGCGCGCCGGGCGGGCCGCGGGCGGGCGGCGAUGGACGUGGGCGCCGAGGACUUUGCCCAGCGCCUGCCGCGCCUCAGGCGCCGCAUCCUCGAUGCCACAUUCGUGGCCCUUGAUCUGGAGUUUACUGGUUUGCAUUCAACUUCCCUACAAAACAACGAGCCCAGCCUGUUUGACUCCCCUGCGGAGCGGUAUGCGAAGGCCAGGCAGAGUGUUCAGCGCUUCACUCUUGUUCAGCUCGGGCUGGCAAUAUUCUCAAAAGAAAAUUCAAACAAGUAUGUGGUGCAUUCGUACAACUUUUUUCUCUUUCCCUCAACUCUGGGAAUAAGGGAUGUCGAAUUCACCCUCUCUGCAUCUAGUAUUCAGUUCCUGUCUCAUUAUGGCUUUGACUACAACAAGUUCUUCAAGGAUGGAAUCCCAUACAUGAAUGAGGUACAGGAGAAGAUCCUUAGGCAGCAGCUCUCAGCAGGUACCUGGAAAGUCUGCAGCACUAGUAACAGGGAUGUCCUGAAGAAAGCUAUUGAUGAAGUGACCUCUUGGAUAGCUGCAGCUGAAGAAGAGGAUACUAUGAUCCUUCAGGAUCUGAAUGGCUAUCAUGUAAUUGAAGUUCAGCUGGUUCUGAGGCAGGCUCUUGAAAAUGUUUGGACAGAGCCUCUUGGAGACAAGAAGGUGAUGGUAAAAAAAGUGAGUCCAGAGCAUCGUCAGUUUCUGGAGAACUCUUCUUAUGACCACUGUCAGCAAAAGCUCAUUCUCCUGUCUGCCCGGGGCUUUACCAACCUCUUCCAAAUGCUUGUUAACGUCAAGAAGCCCCUGGUGGGACACAACAUGCUGAUGGACCUUAUGCAUCUUCACGACAAGUUCUACAGGCCCCUCCCAGAAAGCUAUGAGGAAUUUAAAAGGAACAUUCACAACCUGUUUCCUGUCAUCAUAGACACCAAGACUGUAACAAAAUCUGUGCAGAAGAAAUGUCUGUUUCCUCGAGUAUCUAGUCUUUUGGAGGCAUAUGCAGUUUUGUCCAGCAGCAACCUGAAUCCCAAAGGUCCACCGUGCCCUGUUAUAGCUCUUGCAAGUGGCUGCUCAAGAUACGCUGAGAAGAUACUUCCUCAUGAGGCAGGCUAUGAUGCAUUUCUCUGUGGUUCAGUUCUUCUGAUGUCAGCUCAUUUGCUACUGUGCAAAUCCACAGAUGAUGUGGUGGAGGCUGAGCCCUCUUUCUCACAGUAUCUCACCGUGUUGGCUGAGGACGUGAACAAAGUGAAUUUCAUCCGAGGUGGUGCUUCAAACAUUAAUUUUUCUGGGGAAGAUUCUCCUUGCCAUCAUCCCCCUGCCUUGGUUGUUCAUGUCCGAGGCUGGCCAGGGCUGACCGAGGAAGAGAUUUACCAAGAGUUUAAAGCUUGUGGUCGCUUUGAUGUCAGACGGCUUUCAAAGAACCAGUUCAUUCUGCUCUCCAGUAAAUACAAGGACGUCAGGCUCGUCCUGCGGAAUUACAGGCACCACCCUCACCUGCAGGUCUCCGUGUACCGCCACUGGAGGCACUCGCCGAGCGUGAACUGCCUGCUGCAAAUCUCUGGUAUUGUGGCCCUGUGGUCUCUCUUGGCCUUUGUGCUUGGAGGAGCUCGCAGCUGUUGACUCUGAAGGACUACUGUGGAGAUGGAUGUGAGGAACACUGAUCUUAUUUCUUGUGUUUGUCUGUUUUGUUUUGUUUCAUUCAAUAAAAUGAGGGAAAAAAAGAACAGAAAUAAACCCAAAACU